AUGGCCGUGGGGGGGCCGCGUCCCGUCCGCCACGCUGCAGCGGGACAGACGCCCGGGCUGGGCCGCAUGGAGUCCCUGGGGCGGGGGGCUGACCAGAGGAGCCCCCUGGCUGUCGGAGCUCAGGCCCUGGGCGGGUGGAGGUGGUGGAGGCAAGGGGGGGGGGGAGGUAACUUAGGCCCGGAUGGAGGCCUGGAGAAGGGGAGCGAGAGAGGAGGAGGAGGGGGAGGGGGGGGCGUGAGGUGCUCCAGGAGAGCGUGCGUCCUGCUGAGCUCGCUGGCCGUGGUCUUCCUCACCUCGCUCUUCUUCUCCGUGUCGCUGCGCGGCGCCGUGGGCUUCAACUACCUGGAGGCGCCCGGCUGGGAGGAGUCCCGGCGGGUGAAGCUGGUGCCUAGCUACGCCGGCGCCCGGCGCCCGGCGCUGCCCGCCGACAGUGCCGGCGGCGGUGUCGUCGGCCCCCCCAAGCAGAGGACGUGCGCCUGCCCGCGCUGCGUGGGCGCCGGGGUCUCCGACUGGUUCGAUGAGAACUACGAGCCGGACAUCGCCCCGGUGUGGACCAAGGACAACAUCGAGCUGCCCUCCGAUGUGUACUACUGGUGGGUGAUGCUCCAGCCCCAGUUCAAGCCCCACAGUAUCCACCAGGUGCUACUGAGGUUGUUCCAGGUGAUCCCGGGACACUCUCCGUACUCCUGGUGGGACCAGCAGCGCUGCCUGCGCUGCGCCGUGGUGGGGAACUCUGGGAACCUCCGCGGGGCCGCGUACGGCGCCGCCAUCGACGGACACAACCACAUCAUGAGAAUAAACCUGGCUCCCACCGUGGGCUACGAGGAGGACGCGGGAAGCCGGACCACCCACCACUUCAUGUACCCCGAGAGUGCCAAGAACCUGGCCGCCAACGUCAGCUUCGUCCUGGUCCCCUUCAAGACCCUGGACCUGCUCUGGAUCACCAGCGCCCUCUCCACAGGCCACAUACGAUUUACGUAUGCUCCAGUCAAGCAGUUCCUCAGAGUGGACAAAGACAAGGUGCAGAUCUUCAACCCGGCCUUCUUUAAGUACAUCCACGACCGCUGGACCAAACACCACGGCCGCUACCCGUCCACCGGCCUGCUGGUGCUCUUCUUCGCCCUGCACGUCUGUGACGAGGUGAACGUGUUUGGCUUCGGGGCCGACAGUCGCGGUAACUGGCACCACUACUGGGAGCAGAACCGCUACUCUGGGGAGUUCCGCAAGACGGGGGUUCACGACGCCGACUACGAAGCGCAGAUCAUCCAGCGGCUGGCCAAGACUGGCAAGAUAACAGUUUACCCCGGGAAGUAGAGGAGGAGGCACCGGACACGUGGUUAUCGGUGGCCGCACAACCCAAAACAGCGGGGGGGGGGUCGUGAACGUAUCUCCUAACCCACAGAAUGUGGUGGGAGUGUGAACUACCAGUGAGUCACCGGGUUUAAAAUCGGAAGUUGGAACUUCUCAACAACUAUUCGGGGCUUUGGACUAAUCCCCACUAAUAGUUGAACAAGUUGUUUAUGCCAAAGGACAAAGGGAAAGUGGUUUCAGGAAUUAUUACAAAACACAGUGAGUGUCCUGACUCCAGAGGAACCAGCGAGUUUGGACUUCCUGCCCCCUGGUGGGGUCAUUUUACCACAUGAAUCACACCAAGAACGGCACCAUCAGUCGGCUCUUUCAGAGGAAACACCGCGGAAGAAUUGAAAGUGAGAAGGACCCAAGCGAUGUGCAAGUGAGGACCCACUGUUUGCUGCAGAGCCAAUACCGUGGUACUUGCGUCUUGGCCCUGCCUCACCCUCACUUGUAUUUAAGGCCUCCCUCAGAGACGUCUUAAAUGGGCACAGGUUGGCUGUGGGACUGUGGAAGCAACCACAACCCAAACCCUUUGAUGUACGACAGAUUGGGGACCUCGUGGAGCUCGCCGACGAACAGACUUUUAAUUUAGGCCUGAUGAGCAGCUGUGCCCUGCCCAUCACAAUCUAAUCAUCUGGGGGGGGG